GAGAGGAGAAUGAUAUUGUAGACAUGCAGACUUAUAUGUUGCCGCCAUUGCACAGAGCAGUCAUGGUAAAUGACAUAGAGGCUGCAACCACGCUGAUUCAAGAAAAAGUUGAUGUGAAUGCUUCCAUGGAUAGAUGUACAGCUUUACAUCAUGCAGUUGCCAAUAUGCACAUUGGAUCUGUGAAGUUACUCUUGGAUGCAGACAUAGAGAGAAAUACGGCAGACAAGCAUGGUAGAACAGCUAUUCACAUUGCAACUGAAACAGGAAAUACUGACAUUGUUCGGAUGCUCUUGAAUGAUGCUAAAGUGGAUAAGGAUGCAGUUGAUAAGAAUGACUGGUCAGCCCUGCAUUUUGCUAGUCAAAACGGACAUGCAGUUGUUGUAGGAAUUCUUCUGAAAGCUGGUGUAAAAAAAGAUGCCUGUAAUAAGAUGCAGUCAACAUCGCUUCAUUUGGCAAGUCAAAAUGGACAUGCUGAUGUGGUUAGUGUUCUCCUAAGUGCAAACGUUGACGUUCAUGCUCGUAAAAAGGUGACCUGUACGUGUAAAGAAAUUGGUCAUCAUAACAAGAUCCAACGAGCAGUUAUACCCUUGCCAAGUCAACAUGGAUUACUUAUUGAGAGUGUAGUUACUGAUGAAGCAACUAGAGAGGAUGAACGUACAUCGCUCCACCUUGCUGCUAUUGGUGGACAUGCUGAGGUUGUAAAUGUUCUACUUGGCGAAGCAGACAUUGACGCCCAGGAUGAGCGUGGUCGGACACCACUACAUUUAGCUACUUUUAAUGGACAUAUUGAUAUCAUACGUAUUCUAGUGUCUAACUGUAAUACAGAAAUUACAGAUGAGGAUAAACGUACAGCGCUUCAUCUAGCUUCAGAAUAUGGAUAUGAAGAAAUUGUCCAAGUCCUGCUUGAUGCGGGAGCAAAUAAAGAAGCAGAGGAUGAGGAAGAGUGGACACCGCUUCUGUUAGCGACUAAACAUAGUCAUGCAAAAGUUGUACGAGUACUUUGUGAUGCCGGGGUAGAACUAAGACCUCGCAAACAGGAUGGCUGGACUGCCCUCCGAUGGGCAAAUGCUGAAAUUAAACAAAUCAUAUUGGAGGCAAUAGAGAGAGGGAAAGUCAAGAAAAAGCUAGCAAUUGCGGACCCAAGCCAUUGCAUAAAAGAUGUAUGCCCCAGCGAACGCUAG